UUUUGUUAUUUUCCAGAUCUGGGGUAAUGAUAAAUUAAUUGAAUUAUGAUCUUCGAUUUUGGUAUUUUUAGGGUUAAGUCUUUUUUCUAGUAAAUAAAUUGCGGAGAUGGAUUUUAAGAGUAUGAAGCGCAAGGAGCUGCAGGGAUUAUGCAAGAAGCACGGAAUUCCUGCGAAUUUGUCAAACCUGGAGAUCGUGGACAAGCUUACGGAGUUUUUUAAGCAAAAUGAAAACCCGUCAAUUCAAGGAAAGAUAGAGGGGGAGGGCGAGAUUUGUAGCGAAACUGAAUCCACUAGUGUUGAUGUGAAUAGGAAAGUUAAAAAAGUUAGGUUUAGUCCGGAUCAUGAAUUGAUCGAGUUCACGAAAUCCAGAUCGCCGAAAAGAAGAAGUAAGAGGUUUUCGAAAUCAAGCGGGGAUGUUAGUUUGCAUGUUGGGAAUGUUGAUAAAUUGAAAGAUGGAAUUGUGGGUGUUACGGGUAGAACUACGAGGUCUAGAGGUUCGAAAUUGAUGGAGGACAAAGUAAAUGAGAAGAAGGAGAUAGAUGAUGUUUCUGCUACAGACAGGGUAACUAGGCUGCGAGGGAAGAGUGUAGGAGAGGGUGUUGAAAAUACGAGCAAACGGGGAACAAAAAGGGCGAAAGACGAGGAUGUAAGAGAGAAGAAAUCUUCUGAUAGUGCCGAUGAGAAGAAUUUAAUCGAGGAUAUCGUGGGCAACCCAGGUAGGGUUACGAGGUCUAGAAGGCAGAAAUUGAUGGAAGCUUCUAUGAAAACAGAUAAUGAAGUGACAGAGGUUGCGAAAAAUAUUAAUGAGGUUGCUUUGGUUCGUGCUGAAAUCGAUGAAAACAGAGUUGUUACCAGAAAUUCUCUGAGGAAAAGAGGAGUUGUGGGUGAAGGGAAAUUGGCUAGUGGUGCAGGUCAAAGUUUGAAAAGAAAUGGAAAAGGGUUGGAGGAAGUUCCGAAGAGUGAUGAAAUUGAAAGGUCGGAUGUGGUGGAUGAACCUCGGAUUUUUUUGAGGAGAUCUAAAAGGAACGGAAAUGGGAAUGGUGAUUCUGCAGUUAUUAAUGGUGAUUCAAAGCAAAAUGAGAAAGUCGGGAGUAAGGGCUUGAAAGAUAUUAGUCGAAGUGAAGUUGAUGUGGACGGAAGAUUAGUUGUACAAGUUGAAGAACCUACUAAACUGGAACCGCGGAAAAGUAACAGGAGGAAGAAUGCGACUGAAUCAAAUGAAAAUCAAGGAAAUGGUGAGCUUAAAGCAAAAAAUAAGAGAAAAUAUCCAUUGAGGGGUUCAGUGAAGGAAUUAGUGGUUGCUGAUGAAGUUUCUAAAGAUGGCAAAAAGGUUCGGAAACCUACUGUAGCUACAAAGUGGACAUCGCGUUCAAAUUUCCUGGUUUCUACUAAUGAAAAUAUCGACACUGAUGCAGCUGUGGAGAAUUUUGAGACAGGAAAACGUUUGAGUAAACCAUGUCGAUUAAAGAGGAGAGGUUCUGCAGUUCUAAGAAAUACGAGAAGAUCUGGACGGAUUGCUUCUAACGACAGAAGGGUAGUAGUUCUGGAAGAAUCUGAAGAAGAUUCUUUCAGUCACCAUAAGAUUGAAGCAAGGAAGCGAAAAAGUGGUCCCACCUCGGGAAGCGAUGUAAAGAAGACCAAAGAAAAUCAAAGUGAAAUAGCUGCUGCCCCUGCAGCUGCCAUAGGUGAAGUUUCUGGCCAAAGCAGACCUUCGAGUAGAUUGAAGGAACCUUAUAUGGAUGACACGUCAUAUCAAGGUGUGCUGGAUACUGAAGAAUUGUUACAUGUUGAUGCUCAGUUGUCAGAAGGGGCAGAAAGCACGAGUAAUGAAAAAAGUUCCAAGAACGUUACUAGUGAUGUGGGACCGACUUCAAGCAGAGAGAGGCAAGAUUUAUCCAUUGAAGAUACUGCUGCAAGAGCUGAUAUGGAUUUGAUCGAUGGAAAUGAAUUUGAGAACUUAGGAGAAAAUGCAGCAUCUAGAAUUGGUGAUGAAACAGGUGCUCUAAAUGUGGCAGAGACUGAAGUCGAAGGAAUUCCUGUUCAAGAGAAUCUGGAAAUUAUUGAAACCAGACAAGCUAAUGUGAUAAGUUUGCCAAUUGCAAUCGACCAUAAUGAUGUGGACCAUUUGGAAGCAUCCAAAAUUAUUUUUGAUAACAAUAAAAACGACACAUCCCCAAAAUCAGGAGAAGUUGGUAUUCUCGAGUCUUGCGAGGGACGUGUUGAUUCUACUGAGUCAAAGAGUGCGUUGCAACUGAAGGAGCCAUCUUCUGGCAAACUGAGAAGGGUUGAGGGUGAUAGUAUAGCUGAAGGAGAUGAAACGUUUUUACCUAAUGGUAUAGAAUUAAAGUUAGCAGAAACUGAAAUAAAAAAACCAGUUGUGGCUUCUGAUAAGCAAGGGGUGUGUAAUGAUUCUUUGGCUGUAGCCUCCAUAGCCGUCUGUGAGAAUAGUAUCGAAAAUAAUCCGGACAGAGGCCUUGAGGUUGAUUAUAGCUCUGAAAAAGACGAAGCCCGUUCUGAUAAAAGUAUGCCUGAUCAGGAUGGAUCCUCUGAGGUUUACAAGAGCAAGUGUGGCGAUGAAGAUGGGAAACUCGACGAGUCUGAUAUGUUUGUUGCUGUAAGAACGGCUCAAGAUGGAGAAAAUGCCGUCGAAGUUUCUGAUGAGCAGGGAAUUUUUCACGAUUCCCUUUUGGUAGAACCUGCAAUUGCGAGCUACUGUGCCAAAAUUAGAGACGAGGCUGAUAAGAUCGAUGAAGGACAUGAAGCUUAUGUUCUUGAGGAUAUUCAGUCAGAAUUACCUGAAAUCGAGGAAGGUGGAAGCUGUGAUGAAGUUAAGGGAGGAUCAAGUGUACAGGAUACAAGUCCAUCGAAACCAGAUAGUGUUUUCGACACUCAAGGUUCUGGUCCCACAAUUUCUAACAUAUGUGACGUCCACCGAGAAACUGGUCCUACUGCUGACACUAUUCAAGAGAAAGAAGUUGAUGGUGCUCAAAGUCAUAUACCAGGAGAUGAACCUGUGGAGAAGACUGUUAAUGACGGGGAAAAUGAUAAUCGAGCUGACGACGUUACGGCUAAUUUUACAUAUGAACAAGAGAAACCAAGAAGUCCGUUGGCCCUACCUACUGCUACUGAGAAUAUUAUCCAAGGGGAGGAAAUUUCGGUAUGUGCAAGUGAAAUGGAGACUAACGGUAAGGAAGAAAACAAUCUGGUUGUUGCAGGUUCUGAUUCCGAUAAGGAUGACAAUGAUAAAGAGGAUUGUAAGGAUGCAUGCAUUGCAGAAGCAGAAAUAUCUACGGAUCGCAGUAUCAGCGAAAUAGGGAAUGAAAGUACUCCUGAAUUGAAGCUUGAAGACACUGAUGCAAACUGUGUCGAAGAUAGAGAGGAUCUUGCUGAUGCACGUGUGGCAGAUGUAGAGAUAUCCGUGAAUUGUACUAUCGGUAAAAUUGGGGUCGAAAGUCUCACUGAGUUGAAGUUUCAAGACACGGUGGAAGCUGAAAAUCAAUGCAAGAACCAAAGCUGGGAUAAUGACGUGGAUUCCAACCACAGCUGGACAGAACUUGAAUUCAACAAUCUCUUUGGAGCAACUGUGGAUAGUGUCACUCCCACCGGUCCAAAUGAUACUUCCUAUCAAGAAACUGAAGUACAAAAUCCGAUGGUGUCUAUGAACAAAUCGAUCACCGAAAAGGAAAAAGAGAUGGAGGGAGAAACGGGAAUCGAGUCUGACUGGGGAGAAGAUCAGCUUAAAUUGCUUUUUGCAACUCCAAUCAAGAGUCUUGAACCGUUGAAUGCCUCGACUGCAGUUAUUUCUGAAGCUUCCGCGGAGCAGUUGAAUGAUGAUAUAUGUGCGUCCCUUGGAGAAACUAAUUUUACACCAGAAACAAACAAAAAAGAACAAAUAGAGAAAACAGUUAUUAGCUCGUCAGGUUCAAUGAAGAAUUCGGACGAACUUGAAGGAAGUCGAGACAUGUUAAUAGAUACUGAUUUGCCAGAAGACAUCAGGCUCGAGAGUGGGGUUUAUCUUGAGGGAGAAACGGCACAACGUGGUGAUGGUACAUUUGAGUUAUCUGACGUUGACUUUGAGAAUAGUCACAUUCGUACUGCCUGCAAUGAAGAUGUCAACAUUUCGACGGAAACAUCAAUGCCUACUUACGGAAGCCCUCUGAAUGAAGAAGUAGCAAAGACCGGCAGAUUUGAAGACCAGAAAGACGAGGCAGAAAAAGGGACCUCCCUUAGUCAUCUUCCAAAGUUCUCCGAUGAUGAUGAUGUCACAUGCAACGAGACAGGCACGAAUAACCAGAAUGUAGACAGCAUAGUUCCCACUGCAGAAAAAAGAUCCUCGUUCUGUGGUGCUGAAUCUGAUGCCUUCACCAAUUCAGCGAUGCGUCUUCUUUUCGGUGAUAAUGAAAAUGUUGAUGUUGAAAAAUUCGAUUCGGAAGUUGACCAUGAGAAUAAUAAUAAAGAGCUUCGUUUGGAAGGAGAAGCGGUGGAAUCGAACAAUAUACACACUGUCCAAGAUAUACCCGCCACUGAAUCUUCUGUAUCUGCCGAGUUAGACGACUCAUGUGGGACCACCUUUCUGAUAGAUGUAUUGCCACACAUUGUCGAAAAGACCACAUGUGAAAACGCUGCCUUGUCUAAAUCCGAGGAUGAAAACAACAAUUCAUCAGUUAAAAGUCUUGAGACAGCAACUGAGAAACCUGCACUAGGAUCCUCUACAUGUGUCGAUUUGCUUGUUGAAGGCUCGACUGGUGAUAGGGCGUUAGAUGCGACAGAGAAGAAGAAUGCAAGAACCAUAUUGAUACACGGAACUCCUGCUAAGGUUUCGAAAAUGGCGGAUAUGAAAGAGAAUGCACCGAUGCAUAAGACUUCAAAUGUUGUUGGUGAUUUUACUACAGCCAGACCAGCAAAAAGGAAAGCUUUGGAGGAUGUUCAAUGGAAAUAGGUGCUCUUUUUUAUUUUAUUUUUAAUGUUUUAUUUGGUAAGUUUAAUGGAGUUCAAAUGUGUUGUCUGCUGUGAGGACACCAACUGAAAACUGCCCUUUUGCUAGUUCUGUAUAUGCAUAUCUCAUGCGUUUGCCAAAUAUUUACGAACAUAUCUUUUGAUUAGUUUGCUUGGUUUUCUAAGGGUAAAUUUGUAAUUUGACCUUGCCUCGAACAUAUCUUUCGAUUAGUUUGUUUGGUUUUGUAAGGGUAAAUUUGUAAUUUGACCUUGCCUCA